GUGGGCUGUGGCUUUAAUUACUCCUCAGGAAUCGUUCAUUUCUGCUGACCUCCCUCCGGCCUCCUCCUCCUCCACUACGCUCUCCAACGCGUCUCUCUCUCUCUCUCUCUCUCUCUCUCGUUAUUUCCGCCAGUCUCUCCACGCACGCAGAAAAAAAUCAGACAGAAUUGAGGGGAGGGAAGGGAGAGGGAGGAGGAAGCAAAAGACGAAUUCUCCGUGGUGAAUGGAGGUGACGGCCGAGUGCCCGAACGGCGUCCGGGCGAAGAAGGAGGCGGACCUCUUCCUCGUCGACGACCUCCUCGACCUGACGUGCGACGACGAGGAGGAGGUGCAGGAGGCGGUGGUAGAGGAGGGGGAGGGUAGCAAGGUGGGGGUGGACGAGACUUGUGGCGCCAGAGCCGGCGCCGGCGGGAGAGGCGGGGAUGAGGGUGCCGCCGGGAAUGUGUCGAACGACUCGUCGACGGUGACGGCGCUGGACAGUUGCAGCAAUUCCCUCUCCGGUCUCGCCGACGGGGACUUCUCCGGCGGGCUGUGCGAGCCGUACGAUCAAUUGGCGGAGCUGGAAUGGCUGUCCAACUACAUGGGCGAGGACAACUUCCCCACGGAGGACCUCCGGAAGCUGCAGCUCAUCACCGGCGUCCCGUCGGCUGCCCCCGCCGCCACGGCAUCCGCUCCCGCUCCUGCGGCCGUCGCGGCCCAGCCCGGCAGCAGCGUAUUGCCACCGGAGGCGCCUGUGCCAGGCAAGGCGCGCAGCAAGCGCUCCCGCAUCGCGCCAUGCAGCUGGUCCUCCCGCCUCCUCGUGCUCCCGCCCGCUCCCGGUUCGCCGCCCUCCCCGGCGUCCGCGGCCAUCUCGCCGUCCGAGUCCGGCACCGGCACCGCGGCGGCGUUCCCAGCCAAGAAGCCCGCGAGGCCUGCCAAGAAGAAGGACGCGCCGGCGCCCGCAGCGCCGAACGCCGCGGCGGCAACGGCCGCGGCUGCGGGGGAGGGGAGGAGGUGCCUGCACUGCGAGACGGACAAGACGCCGCAGUGGAGGACUGGGCCCAUGGGGCCCAAAACGCUGUGCAACGCGUGCGGGGUUCGUUACAAGUCGGGCCGCCUCGUGCCGGAGUACCGGCCGGCAGCGAGCCCAACCUUCGUGGUAUCGAAGCACUCCAACUCCCACCGCAAGGUGCUCGAGCUGCGCCGCCAGAAGGAGAUGCAGGUCCUGCCCCACCACCCCCAUCACCAGCAUCAGCCGCAGCCGCUGGCUCAUGUAGGCGCAGGCGGCGGCGGAGGCCUAAUCCACGUGCCUAGCCCGCUGCUGUUCGACGGGCCGUCGGCGCCGCGCAUCGGCGACGACUUCUUGAUCCACAACCACAUAGGGCCGGACUUCCGUCAGCUCAUCUAGGGACGUCUUUGCUCGUUCUAGAAAUGAUCCAGUAGCCCAGGAAUAAUUCAGCAAAAACAAAAACUAAACUUUUAGGAGUUUUCUCUCCUGUUUUAAUUUUGCACCCAUCUUUUCUAAACCUUUAUUUUCGUUUUUCUCCCCAUUUCUCAGCUUUUUGAACCUUUUUUAGACUCUUCUCAGCUUUUGAGUUUCUGACCCCUUAGAAAAUAAUUCUAGGGAGUUAAUUUCUUAGCAUUUUUUUUUGUUUCUUAGCAUCUUUUAAUUUGUAUAAUGCAGAGCUCGUAGAGGAAGAGUAAAACAAGCAGUUUAAACUCGAGCUUCAAAGCUAGCGUGAAACUUCUACUUGUUUAUGUGAA